UAUUCCAUAGAAAACAAAAACAGAAGUAAAAAUGGAUCCCGCUCUACUCCGAGAACGUGAAGCGUUUAAGAAAAAGGCACUCGCUACACCGAGCAUUGAAAAGAAGAAAAAAGAUGAGUCUCAGUUUAAAGAUGAUAGCAAGAAGAAGUCAAAGUCAUCAUCAAGCUCGGCCAGUACAGGGCCGAAGCUUGAUGCCUCAAACUAUAAAACAAUGUCAGGCAGCUCAUCAUACCGGUUUGGUGUGUUGGCUCGCAUUGUCAGGCACAUGAGGGCACGUCACCAGGAAGGUGAUGAUCACCCCUUGACACUGGAUGAAGUCUUGGAUGAAACUAACCAGCUUGAUCUUAGUAAUAAAGUAAAACAGUGGUUACAAACAGAGGCUUUGCAGAACAAUCCAAAGAUAGAAUGCACACCUGAUGGAAAAUAUAUAUUUAAGCCAGUAUAUAAAAUUAAGGAUAAAAAAUCUUUAUUAAGAUUAUUGAAACAGCAUGAUCUCAAAGGUCUUGGUGGAAUUUUAUUAGAAGAUGUCCAGGAAUCCUUGCCACACUGUGAAAGAGCACUGAAAAGUUUAGCACAAGAAAUUCUAUACAUAGCUCGGCCAACAGACAAAAAGAAAAUAUUAUUUUAUAAUGAUAAAACUGCUACAUUAGAUGUUGAUGAAGAAUUUGUCAAACUAUGGCGCGCAACAGCCGUUGAUGCUAUGGAUGAUGCGAAAAUCGAAGAAUAUUUAGAGAAACAGGGUAUUAAGUCAAUGCAGGACCAUGGCCCCAGAAAGCCAGUUGUACCAAAACGAAAGAAAACUGCACAAAAACGGCGGCAGUUCAAGAAACCCAGAGACAACGAGCACUUGGCUGAUGUCCUUGAAACUUAUGAAGACAAUACUUUGACCCAGAAGGGCGUUACUAUAAAAUAAACUGAUUUUGCAAG